CAUUCUAAAGCUCUGCCAUUGCAGCCACUUGAGCUUGUGGUGGUGAGCUUUGUGUGGCAAGCAGAGACUAGAGAAUUUCGCAACCAUGAUCAAGACUCUGAAUCCUUACAACUCCACCAACACAGCGAAAACCGCUGAGAUUAUGUCCAGGUACAGGCCCAUAGCACCAAAGCCUGAGACUAGUCCAACCACCCCUACAGGUGAGAGCCCUGCACUGUCUCAGAAGAUCAGGGACUCCCCUUACCUUCGAAACCUCUGGCCUCAGUUGCAGGCAAGACCCACAAGAACCAGGAAGCGAGGUCGAGCUGCAAUUUCGCCACCAACCCUCAAAAGGCAGAGAACAAGCCAUGUAUUUGGGCUCUCUCCUGCUUGCCAUGUCACAUCCCCUGUCAACAAUUUGACCCUGGAUGGUUUUCCUCAUCCUCUUACUCAGCUUGCAUUACCAAACCAGCUUGGAUCAGCCAGCAGCGGCCUCGAAAGCACCAGUCUGGUGACCCUGCCUCUUCUAUCAUAUCCUUCUUCAGUUCCCAUUGUCCCAAACCAAGCUGUGGUGACCAACCAAGCAGUGGUGCCAGCUGAACUCAAUUUACUGAAACCGUCUGGAGGAGAGAAGCUCAUAGAUUUGAACUCUGUAGCUGAAAUUCCAGAGGAGAAAGACCUGCUGAAGCAACUACAGGGAACCCCAUCCCCUGCUACCACACCUACCAGCCCCAAUGUCAUAGCACCUCAGCCAAUUCGACCUGUGGGCUCGAGCAUUAGCGUUGGCUGCAUCAGCACAGAUCCAAGUUCGGCCCCAGCUGUGCAAGCUCCUAAGAAACCAGAGGAUGUGGAGAAAGAGAUGGAGUCUGAGGCACUACCAGCCAUAAUCUCAGAUUCACACAACAAGGUGAGGAUGGCAAAUGCAGCUUACAAGGAGAUGGUGGGUCAGCCAGAGUGUUCCUGGCUCGAUUCAAUGGUGGCCACCCCGUGCAAAAGGAUCAGUGGGGAGGUUGCACUGCAGCUUUCUGACACAAGGGUGCCAACUUCAUCAAAUGGAUUUUCAUGCUGGGUGAGGAUUGAGUGGGGAAAUGAGAUGGACAAGCAUGCUAUCAAUGCUUUCUGUGAUGUGAUCAAACUGGCCUGCGAGUCCAAGGACUACCUCUUCACUUGGAGGUUCCACACCCACAGCAGAGAGGCUUCUCAGUCCAGUUCUAGUGAAAUUGCUACUUGUAACUAAAUGUAGUGUAGGCAGUGUAGCUUAGUAGAAGGUAUUAUGUAUCUACUAUCUACUAUAUA